CAGUGUCUUUAAUUCUGACAGGUUUAGAAAGUGAGUUAUCUUACUCAGACAUGUCUGGAUUAACGAUGCUAAAGACCCUUUUAAUGGAAUCUGCGACACCAUUCAAGAUAAAAGGUUUUCUGUGAUGUCUGGGCUAUCAAAGGAUUUUGCCACUCCAAGAAUAGCCUCUACAUCACAGGAAGGCCGGCAAAACAAGACACUGAAAGUUACCUUGCUUAGUAGUGAGUGGAGAUCCUCAACUGAUGGAGACUUUUCAACCAUCAGCAGAGAGCUGGCCAUCCAGUUAGCUAAAUUCUCCAAUGUGGAAGUUAGUGUCUUUCUUCCUCAGUGCAGUGAUGAGGACAGGAGAAAUGCAGCAAGUCACAAUGUUCAGCUUAUUGAAGCUGAGCAAAUGGUUGGAGUGAAUCCAAUUGACUGGUUGAUCAAUGUUCCAGAUGGACAUGUCAUGGACUGUGUACUAGGACAUGGGGUAACUCUUGGCAAACAAGUGCAGUUCAUCAAAAAAGCACAUCACAAUUGCAAAUGGAUUCAAGUGGUCCACACUGCCCCAGAAGAACUUGGAAUUUACAAAAACAUUUUAGAAGGAGAAAAACAGCAAAAGGCAGAAGUAAAACUUUGUCAGCUUGCUGAUGAGGUUGUAGCAAUAGGACCUAAGCUGGCAGAUGCUUACAAGCGUUACCUUCGUUCUGUUAAAAAGGAGCAAAGUGUUUUUGAUCUCACCCCUGGAAUUUUCUCUGAAUUUCUAGACAUAGAACAAGCGGUCGAAGAGAGGAGAACAUUCUGUGUUUUAGUGAUAGGAGGUGGAGACAGCUGUGAAGAUUUCAAUUUGAAAGGCUUUGACAUUGCUGUUAAAGCAAUUGCUAAGCUGAAUGAUAUAUCCUACCAACUACGGUUUGUUUAUUCACGAGAAGAAAAAGGAGUGGAAAUAGCUGAAAAGUUGCUUCAGCAGGGAAUCAGUCGGAAUCAGUUGAUUGUUUGCUGCUCUGAUGACAGCAGAGAAGUACUAGCCAACUUGUUCUGUGAGGUGGAUCUUGCCAUAAUGCCAUCAAGGACUGAAGGUUUUGGCCUACCUGCUCUUGAGGCUUUAUCUGCAGGUCUUCCAGUACUUGUCAGUGGUAAUUCAGGACUUGGAGAAGUUUUGAAAAAUGUGCUCCUUGGCUCACACUGUGUGAUAGAUUCUGAAGAUCCUAAAGACUGGGCCAGAGAAAUAAAAGCUUUACGUCAAAAGAAUAGAACACUGCGCCUAAAGGAGUCAAAGCUUCUUCGUGACUCUUAUCAAGAAACAUAUGGCUGGGAGAAACCUUGCAAGAUCCUAGUGGAGAAGAUGCAGAGUGUUACAUUUGGGUCAUCAGAAAUCAGGUCGACUACACGUAUACCUGGCAGGGAUAAGAGGCCAUCAUUGCGUACUGAUACGGAUUUCCCUUCAAAGAGAAUCAGAAGAGAGUUGAUUCAUCAUGUUCAGCAUGGAGGUCAUGAAAACCUGGCAUUUCAGGAAUUUCAUCACCCCCAAGACCAUGGCCUUUCUGUGUUUACAAAACUUCUCAGAGCUGAGUACAAUAGACGGUCUCUUCUAAAACCACUCUUUUGGCAGAGCACCUUAAAGCUACGACUGGAAGAUGUUUACACAAAAUUGUCAGUUGUGUCGAGAAGAAAAACAGACUUUGUUUUGGAGAGCGGAACAGUGAACAUGUUUGACAUUUUUAAAACACUCAACAAAGGCGACGAUUCUAUCGUACUUGUAGAGGGAAGCCCUGGAAUUGGAAAGACAACUUUUUGUCUUAAAAUUUCUCAUGACUGGGCAAACCAAAAUAUCCCAAAGGAAUCUGCUUUUCCGGUUUUCAAACUUGUGCUGCUGCUGAAAUGCCGAGACAUUCAUGGAGAUGUUAAAGAUGCCAUUGUCGAUCAGCUCCUCCCCGAGGAUAUGGAUGAAAAGGCCAAGAAAAAGCUGAUAGAUUACAUCGAAGAUUUUCAUAACCAGGAGAGUAUUCUGAUCAUUUUGGAUGGCCUUGAUGAGCUUCCAGAAGCAGGUGAAAGUCAUGUGGACAAAUUACUUUACAGACGAAUUUUAUCACUUUGCUAUGUUUUGGCCACAUCUCGUCAAGAAAAAGGAAUUCCAGCACGACAGGACUUUGAUUUUGACGUUCUUCUACAAAUUGAAGGGUUCACAGAAGCAGAUUCUUUUGAGUACGUCAGAAAGCACUUUAGUCGGUUGGGUCCUGAUCAUGUAGCAAAAGGUGAAAGUCUUAUUCAGGCAAUCCAAGAAAAUACCUUCCUCCAUGCACUUCCGAGCAAUCCUUUGAAUCUGCUACUUCUCUGUGUUGUUUUUGAGGACUAUAAAGGUAAGCUACCAUCUUCUCGGACUGAACUUUAUCAAAUUAUUGUUCGUUGCCUUUUACGAAGGUAUUGUGCGAAAAAUAAAGAGGAAGCCGCAGCUGAUGACAAAGCUUUAGAGGAACAAUUUAAAGACAGUUUACUAGCAUUGGGGCAGUUAGCUUGGAGCAGACUGCAGCAAGACCGCUUUUCGUUUCGUGAAGAAGAGUUAGAAGAAUUUGAAAGAAAAGUGGAAACUUUGGCAGCUCGUAAACUUGGUUUGAUAUUUAAAGAAGCCAGUUCUAGGAAGAUUAACCCACAGCACGAAUAUCACUUUUUCCACAAGACUUUUCAAGAGUACUUGGCGGCAUUUUAUCUAGCGCACAAGCUUCUCAAAGACAUAGUUAAUGUCUUUCGUGAUUUGAAGAUGAGAUUUCGUGCGGAGGUUACAAGUAAAUACAAGCAAGUGUUUAUGUUUGUGUCUGGCAUAUUGGGUGAAAAUGCUGUAACUAUGUUUGACGAGAUUAGCAAGAAUUUUCAGCAGGAAUUUUUUCUCUGGGAGAAAUGCACUGAAGAAGAGGCGAAUUUCUUCAUUGAGAUUAUCAGUGAAAGUGGAAAUGCUGAACAAAUGGCAGUGACUGGAUGUUCCAUCGUCCACGAGUUUCCGGAUGGAGUAACCAUUGACUGCCGGAAAAGGACAGGUGUCCUGAAAGUUGCAAAUGCAUGCAAGGGCAUGUCACAAUUAAAAAAACUGCCUGUUCAUCUUACUUUAAAACACUUGGAUGACAUAGUUCGUGGUGGUUCUGUUGAUAACUCAUUAACCUCGUACUCAAAGCUAGAAACUCUUGUCUGUUCGGUUUUCAGUGUAACAGAAGACGUACUGUCCAUUGUGUUUAAAGUAUUUCAAGUGAACCCAUCUUUACAUUCAUUUACUCUACAAACAAUUUGCCCCUUUUCGUCUGAGCAGGCUGCAGCUAUUGCUGACAAUUUAGCCGCAAAUAAAACGUUAAAAACCGUGGCUUUAAAACUGAUGGGUCAGUUAGGUGAGGAUUGGGCCACUGUUCUUGUAGAAGGAUUUCCUAGAGAUACAUCGCUUACAUCUGUCGUACAGGAGAUCAAUGGCUCAGUAAAAGAAAGUGAAAUAGUGGCUUUGAAAAAGGCUUUUUUGAACAGACCGUUUGAAUCUCUUAGCCUCGCUAUUUAUGGAGACUUGAACGAUUCGCUGGCGACUUUAGUAGCUAAUGGACUCGCAGCCCAUCCUUCCUUAAAAUCCCUCACAUUGGUUUUUUAUGGAAACGUCAGAUGCUCUGCUUUUACUUUGUUGAAAAAGGGUGUUCUAGAAAAUAGUGCUUUGAAGUCACUGAAAUUAAGAGUGUUCGGAAGACUUCCCGACAACUGGUUGAAUGUUUGUGAGGCUUUCUAUGUUGAAAAAAAGUCAUCUAUGUCUCUAACAAUUGAGCCGGAUGUAGCCAGCAAUACGAAAAGUGCGCAGGUGGCCUGUUUUGGUUCUGUACCAAAGGAAAAACACGACUUUUUGAAACUGCACUCCUUAACUUUGAACAUGUUGGGAGAGUUAAAUGAGAGUGGAGCAAGGGAUUUAUACGAACUCUUGAUAGCUUCAGGAGUUUCUCGUGUCAGUUUGAAUAUCCAUGGAAGAUUAACAGAUAGUGUUGCUACCUGCUUGGUUGAGCACUUUGGCAAAGUUAACUCACUGUCUGCCUUGAGUAUCGACAUUCGGGGAGAGGUGACAAAGGACGGAGAGAGCGCUAUUCAAGCGCUAACACGCAAUCAAACAUUUUCCUGUACUUUAAAUGUCUAUGACUUAAAUGCAGUUGACGAAAGUUGGGAAGAAGUUGAGAUAACUGUAAUCGAUGCCUCGUCAUUGACAUCAGCGUUCUCGAAAGUCCAGGAUACAUGUAUCGGAUCACGUGUCGGUAAAGUUAGACUGAACUUUAAUAACUUCAGUGGAAUAAGCAAAGACUUGGAAUGCAAUCUAUGCGAAAUAUUGGAAAAAUUUGUGUCACUCACUACUCUAAGCCUUUCGGUGAACACUGAUGGAGAUUGGAGAGGUGUCCUGGAACACAGUCUGGCAAAAAAUACGUUAUUAAAUACGCUAAUCGUCGCAGUCGACAACCACGCUUACAGGAAAGAAGGCCUCAGCUAUGAUGUGGGAGAUUGUUUGACAAAAAACAAGUCAUUAACUACGCUAAGCUAUACAGUCAACAACUACGCUGAAGUGCCAGUCACGGUACAGUGGUCAUUUGGUCUGGGAAUAGGUUUGGCAGAAAACAAAUCAUUGACAACGCUAAGCCUUACAGUUAGCAACUAUCGUGACUUAAGAGGAGAUUGGACCCGUGAUCUGGGAGUAGGUUUGUCAAAAAAUACGUCAUUAACUACGCUGAACUUUACAGUCAACAACUACAGUGAUCUAAGAGGACAUUGGGCACGUGGUUUAGGGAGUGGUUUAGCACAAAAUAUAUCAUUAAUUACGUUGAACCUUGUAGUCAACAACCACAGUACCGAAAGAGGAGAAUGGACAAGUGAUUUGGGGUGUGGUUUGGCUAAAAAUACGUCUUUAACUACGCUGUACCUUACGGUCAGCAACCACAGUAACACGAGAGGAGACUGGGCACGUGAUCUUGGGAGUGGUUUAGAAAAAAACACGUCAUUAACCACGCUGAACCUUACAGUCAACAACUACCGUAAAAUGCCAGACGGAUGGGCAGCUGGUCUGUGGAGAGGUUUAGCAAAAAAUACCUCAGUAACUACGCUAAGCCUUACAGUCAACAACUACGGUGAAGUA